GUCUCGUUUUACAUGUAAUCCCAGUUAAGGUGAUAGCCACAGGUGCAUUUGGAGAGCGCUUGCAAACAGGAGCACAGCAGAAUGACGAAGAGCACUUUAUUCCUGAUUCUACUUGCCCUUGUUGACGUGGCCGCUUCCAGCAAAAAAGAUACCAGCAAUCGGGAAAAGCGGGAUGCUGUUCUUAUUCGUUCAAAGAGAAGAUGGGUUCUGUCCACUAUUGAUCUGGAAGAGAACAUGCCUGGACCAUAUCCUGCUUUAGUAACACAGUUGUACAAUGACAAAAAGGAGGACAACAGCGUCAAGUUCCGCAUCAAAGGAGAUGGAGUGACACAAGGCCCAAUUGGUUUGUUUACCAUUGAAGAAAACAGCGGGAUUGUAUACGUACACCGGCCCAUCGACAGGGAAAUGUACCCCAUCUUCCAUGUGGACUUUGAUGUGCUGGACAGGCUGACUGGAGACACAUUAGACAAAACACUGUCAUUUAAUGUAGAAAUAAAGGACAAGAAUGACAAUAGUCCUCAGUUCACUCCGAGCACUAUCCACGCACCUGUUCCAGAGAACACACCUGAAGGCGUACUCCAAGCAACAUUACAAGCUCAUGACAAUGAUCUGAAGGAUACUCCUAAUUCCCAGUUCACCAUGAAGGUGGUGUCACAAGACCCUGCCUCACCAAAGCUUACCCUGAAGGACUUACCUUUUACCACUACAGUCAAACAGCUCGCCUUCACGGGAUGCUUUGAUUAUGAUAAAGCAAGACAAUAUAAAGUGCUAGUUGAAGCGAGGGAUCAAGGCACACCCACAAUGUCUUCAACUGCAACUGUUAUUCUGGAUAUCAUUGAUUCCAACACCCAUCCCCCAGAAUUCAGUUCGGCCACGUACAACACUGAAGUGAUGGAAAUGGAAUUAAAGGAGAUCCUACGAAUCGGCAUCAAAGACAAGGACACACCGAACACGCCUGGUUCAAGAGCGGUGUUCUCCAUCCUGAAGGGUAAUGAAGAAGGAAAUUAUAAGAUUGAGACAGACUCCAAAACCAAUGAAGGUGUGCUGUCUGUUAUCAAGGGGAAGAAUUUCGAGAAAACUGAUAUCACAGAUCUGGAGAUAGCAGUCGAGAACGAGGAGAAAUUAUUUCGGUGUGUUGAUGGAAAGGCUGUAACAGGCCCCACACCAAAGCCAAACACCGCCAAAGUGUCAGUGAAAGUCACUGAUGUGAACGAUCCCCCUGAGUUUAAAAAGCAAAUUGAAAAAGUUUACCGGAAUGAAAACGGACCUCUGGGAGAUGUGUUGUUCGUACCCGAGAUCAAAGAUGAGGACUCGGACGUUAACAAACUCAGGUAUGAGUUAGUUCAAGACCCAGCCAAAUGGGUAAGUGUGGAUUCGAAGACAGGAAAGAUCACCACAGUCCAGAAGAUGGACCAGGAGUCUUCAUUUAUCAAAAAUGGCACCUACACGGUCGUAGUGCAAGCUAUAGAUGACGGACAGCCUCCGGCUACAGGCACAUGUACUGUAGUGGUCUACCUAGGCGACCAGAACGAUAACGCUCCUUAUCUCGUAUCUAAAAACGCGGUCAUGUGCGGGAACAAAGUCAAUCGUGUGGAUGUGAAACCAACAGACCUUGACGGCCCUCCGUUUGCAGGUCCUUUCACCUUCUCUCUGGGAGGAGAGGAAGAGCUGAAGAGUCUCUGGAAGCUGGAUCCCACCACGGGUCAGGUUCAUUUACUUCAUUUACAUGUUUUUAAGAAUGAAAGUCGCCAGAUGUCUCGCUCAUACAGCUUGGCACGAACAGAACGGAACCUGGCAGAACACAUUGAGAGGAAAAUCAGCGGCUUUCCGGAAGAGCAGAGGGACUAUCCAGCGUAUUCCCCAUAUCAGUAUGAAUAUGAGGGGAGGGGCAGUAACUGCCAGUCACUGGAUAAGCUGACAGUCAGCAACCUCGGUGAUAACCUGGACUUCCUGCACAACCUCGGGCCAAAGUUCAGCAAUCUGGGUGGGAUCUGUCAACAGUCAAUGGAGAGCAGGAACGUCCGGCUGUGAAAGUGGGUGAUGAUUUGAGGCUUUAUAUUGCUCCACAUUUCUACAAUGCUUGUUCAGCUGAGCUGCAAAGGGGUUCCAGGGAUUUUUUUUUUUUUGUGCUGUGACUUUUAUUUUUUGGAGACAGUGCUCUAGGCCAUUCUUGAAUUUGAGCACCAUGAUACCUGUACAGGCACAGGAUGAUUAUGGAUAUAAGAUGUGAACAUUACAUCUUCAGUGCCAAGGCUGCCUGCCCUCAAGGAACUAUGGGAUACACUGUGCAUUUGUGCUCACGGUGGAUGUGUAAAAAAGCUUGUUGGGUGAAAUGAAAACUUGUGUCUGCAUCCCACCAGCUUGUCUGAAAUGAGGCGGUUGGUGGCUUGGACUGUUGUGGUUUUGGCUGUGACCAGUUUGAUGGCCUGACAGGCCGCCGUUCUGUUCGAAACCAUUUUUUUUUUAUUCUGCAAACACAAAGCCACACAUCACAACCACUUAUUUAUGCAGAUAUUGUUUGUCUGGGGUUCUCCUGCACUUGCUGCCUUUAGCUAUCAUAUUUGUUUUGUGCACUUUGACUUUGCACUGCAGAAUCACUUGUGUAUUUAAAGUGACAGUCCAGCCAAAAAUGACAAUUCUAUCAUUUAUUAAUCUUCAAAUCAAUCCAAACCUAUACAGAAGCUUAUGCCCACCACGGAUUAAAAUAUAUUGCAACUGAUUCCUCAGCAUUGAAAGUGUGUAUCUCACAAUUCUGACUUUUUUCUCCAAAUUCUGAUUUUACAUCUUGGAAUUCUGGUAUUCCUCUCAGAACUUUUUGUUUUGUUUUGUUUUUAGACACCUGAACACAUGCUCAUGCUGAAUUCUGAGAAACUCACAUUUUUGAGAAAAAAAUGUUGGAAUUGCAAGAUUAAAAAAAAAAAGCAAUGACAAUUAUACAUAUCUAUUCUGUGGCUGAAAUAGGUUUCCAUACAAACCACUUUCUUCUGUACAGGAACAUGAAUAAAUGCUAUGGAGGAAGUUGGAAAACUGAAAGCAUUGAUUUCCAACAAACCCAUUGAUUGGACAAAACAAAAUAUUUAUUUUAUAUUUCAUAUUUCAUAGAAGAAAGAAAAUCAUAAAAAUUUUGAAUAAUGUGAGGGUGAGUAAAUAAUGACUGAAUAUUCAUUUUUGAGUGACUGAGCAUGAAAAACUGCAAAAGUGAUUAAAGAUGCAAAAGAACAAGCAGAAGCUAUUUCGCAGAGCAAUAAGGAUAGAAAAUGAAAGUAAAGAUCAGUCAUCAUUCAACAGUAUCUGAGAGUCUGGCAGGUGGCAGUAAUGCACCGUUGAUCAUCAUUACAUCCCUGGAAAAAACCCAGGUGAAGAAAGGCCCUUUAAGUAAAUAGGGAUAUUUACUUGAAGGGCCUUUCUUUUCUCC